UUGCUUAGAGCGCCAGUGCUCAUGUAGUAUGUUGCUCUCAUUGCCUUCUCUCCAUUUGGGAUGCCCUGGUAUUCAAAAUGGUAUUUUCCCGGCUUUAGAGAAAUUUUGAUGGCUAAAAAGGCUUAAAUUAAAUGCAACAGCUAUGUUUGAAGGCCAGAAGCCCAUGAACACUGCCAAUUUCUCAUAAUUGGCCCAAUCCCGAACAGCCAUUGGACACAGGCAAUAUAGAAGUUGGUGAGCCCACCUUUGACAAUGACAUUAUAUUACAUGCGGUACGAUGAAAAUAUCUGUUUUUGCUUGGCUAAUCCGUUUCAAUGCGUCUCAAUCACUUUGGAACUGAACUGUACAGGCCACAAAUUUAAAAGCUUUCCUUAUCUUACCGGUAGUUGCUACAGCAUAGAGACUCGUACUUCAUUUAACUUUUUCCUUUCGCUAUACCUAACUUCUACUCUCUCUCUCUCUCUCUCUCUCACACACACACACACACAUAUUUCUGAUUUGGCUGCCCGUGAAUUUGGGGUUGUGGCUGUAAGGGCAAAAGAAGGCCCUCAAGCAGUCCUUUUCUUUCUGGGUUUAACCACUAAUUAUAUAUCUAUAUAUAUAUGAUAUAUGGUUCAUAUGGCUACAUUAGGCAUACACGUGACUCCGCAACCCGUAUCAUUUUGUAGUCACUUAAACCAAAGGAGAUACCCAAAAGGCAAUACUUCAUUUAAUAAUUUGGUUGCUUUUUUCUUUUAUUUAACCUUUCUUGCCCUUUCAUGUCAAUAUGUUUAAUUUAUUAGUGCGGUAUUGAAAAUCUAAACUUCAUUAAGUAGAAAGCUAGCGUUUCCGUCUUUAUAUUUUUAUUGUUUUGCCUAGGCCUAGAAGUAGAGAGCUUACAAUAAAAUUGCUUUCAUUUUGCUACAAAUGAAUUAGUUACCUAGGUUCUUUCAUUUCCAUUAAACAUUAUUUGCACAAAUGAACCAUGCACCGAAUAGCACCUCCCCUCAUUAAAAUGGACAAAUUAAGCAUGAGAGGUACGAACUUGGACUACCAUCGGAUAUGUUCCUCCAAUAUCCUCUUCUAACUAUGUCACUACAAUCAACCUAUACUAACGAUUUUAGUGAUCCCAUCAAUAGGAACAUAUUCUUUUAAGUGCAACGAGGUAGAGUAGGGCAAUAGGGGAACAAUGAGGUGGACUAAGGGUUACAAUGUUCAAGAAUAAGCUACUCAUUAUUAAUGAAUGGCCAAAAAACAAAAGUAGUAGAGGCCAAAAUUACAUGCUUUGUUUUUUCGAGCUCUUCUAUUUUUCUUGGCAACUAGUACCUUCAAACUUCAAAAAGUAGAACAACUUGCACUGUUGAUCAAAAGUUUCUCCAAAAAUUUAGCAUGUUCGUGACUAUUCACGCUUACAUUGAUAAGUGACAUGUGAGUUUCCAAGAUCCACAAAUUCAUUAUUUAGAGUCUUAAAAGUAGGAUAGAACUAAUAUAAAUAAGAACGUUAUGCUUUCUUUCUUCCACUAUGAGAUAGUCUUCAAGUUACUCUAUCAAUCAAGUGUUAUAGCUCACUAAGUUCUAAUUUGCAAAGCUCAAAACGCCAACUUUUUCCUAUAUCCUCCUUAGAUUCUCUCUCUCUCUCUCUCUCUCUCUCUCUCUCUCUCUGAAGCUUUGUAGCGGGUAUCAUGGCACCUCAUGGAGAUGCUAUUGCUAGCCCUUACAAUAGAAGCAACAACUCUUCCAAGCCGCCCAGACUCUCUUCGGCUAGCCUUCAACGAACGGUAUCAGAUAUUUCAUUCAAACUUAGCAAGGAAGUGAUUGAUUUAGAAGCAGUACUCCCUCCAAUUUCCGAGAUUGAAGAUGCAAGAUGCGAGUGUUGUGGCAUGUGUGAGGAGUGCACACAAGAGUACAUUGGCAAGGUGCGCAACAAGUUCUUUGGAAAGUGGAUAUGUGGGUUGUGUGCCGAGGCAGUGAAGGAAGAGGUGGAGAAAAAUGGAGGGAAGAUAAAGGAGGCUCUGGGUUCACAUAUGAGUGCAUGUGUUAGGUUUAACAAAUUUGGAAGGGCUUAUCCAGUUUUGUUCCAAGCUGAGGCCAUGAGAGAGAUGUUGAAGAAAAACAAAUUGGAAGGGAGAGGCGUGAGAGCCAAGUCUAUUAGUCCUAGGGACAAAGGAGCUGGGCAAAAGAAGGGUGGGAUUGCUCGAAGUUCAAGUUGCAUUUCAGCGAUUACGAGGGAGAUGAAUGAUCUCACCAUGGCCAAUUGAGUCACCAGCAGGCUUUUAUACAUCUAUAUGGAAGGACAUGCACGAUUUUAUCUAUACUUAUGAGCAUGUAAUUCCCUCUUCAUUUUGCUAUAAAGUAUAUUUCUUUCUCCCUCCAAAGCUUUUCACUAAAGCCCUAAUAUUAGAAUUUUGCCUAGCAGGGAAGAUCCUAAUAUUGUCUCUCCUUAUUUCCCAAGUACGUUCUUUGAUCAUAUAUAUAUACAUAUAUAUUUAUAUAAAGUUUUUGAGGACCAGCCUUAAAAGCUUUUUGUUGGUUUAGUUCCAAGUUAAACGUAGUACCUGAUCUUCAUCUUCGGGGCUAUUUAGCUUAUACCUUGGAUGAUUUUGUUGUAUGCCUUGAUUUCAGUUAUCCUCUCAGGGGUUUUUUGGGUAGGUUUAGGAUCUCCUGCCUCUUAUACCUUUCAGUGAUAUGUAGCAAACCCUAAUAUAUUCACAAUCUAUUUCCCUCCAAGUUUUUCCUUUUUGGGUUAAGGGCAUUCUGUCCAUCGAUCAUUUUUAUUCCCAAAUUGCUAGUUCAUAUAUGUUGACAAUAAAUAUGAUUUUCCAGUUACUUAAGUCAAUUAGUUUUCUCAAAAAAGAGUCCGUUGGGUUCCUCAUGGAGGAUUUGGGGGUAUCGGCUCUCUAACAUGAAAUCCUGCAUCAGCCGUGCACAGUUGUGUAUACAGCAAAACUUUAUUGGUUGUGAAUUAUGUAUUUCUGCAUAUUUACGCAGGUUAAAUAAGAUGAUUAUUUUAGCCA